AUGGCUACCUGUCGCGACACAGAGGGAUGGUCCAUCAUUUCUCGUACUCGUCCUUUUGAUCUCACUCUCUGUUUCGAGGAAGGCAUCCUCUUCUCCACUCUCUACGCGCUACUGCUAGCUUUCGCGGCUGCAAAAUCCCUAUCUCUUUCUGCAAAAAUCUCGAGAACAAGGUCGUCCAGGAGUCGAUGGAUACUGCGCUUCAAAAUUCUCUUUCUUACCCUCGCAUUCUCCGUCAGCAUCGCCAAUCUUAUCUACACUGUACAUGCAAGGAUACCCGUGCCCGUGUUCCAGUCAUACGUAUUUGAAUCUAUUUCGCUCGCGGCUGCCGUUGUCCUCACAUUUUUCAAUCAUACUCGAGCUAGGAACUCAUCUUCCAUUCUUCUCAUAUAUUGGCCACUCCAUUCUCUCGUAUAUGCUAUCUGGACGCGAACUGUUUUGACAAGUGGUCUUAACCAUGUUUUAUUCACGUUCAAGUCAAUCAUAACAGGACUCGGCAUCCUAUCUUUCCUUCUGGAAUGCGUUGGGCCGGAGUGGGGAUCAGAAGAAAAGAUUCCUGAGGGCAUGCAUACCGAAAACCCGGUCAUCACAGCGAAUAUCUUCAGUCGAUGGUUCUUUUCUUGGAUGACGCCCCUCAUGAAGAAAGGUGCUUCCCAAUAUAUCUCUGAGAACGACUUGCCGUCUCUACGACCUGAAGAUGAUUCUGAGCGACUCGGGAAGACCUUGCAUGAUGCACUGCAAAAACAGGCUCUUUUCAUUUCAUACGGUGGCCCUUACGCGUUAGCUGCUGGAAUGAAGCUUGUUCAGGAUUGUCUUUCAUUUUUGCAACCACAGUUGCUACGCUGGCUUCUAUCAUACAUAUCAAUCUACCAAACCGCGCGGUAUGCUGACGGUUCUACCAAGCCCCACCCUCUAGAAGGCUUUUCGAUAGCCGUGCUCAUGUUCGUUGCAUCGGUCGCUCAAACUGUCAUCUUAAACCAGUACUUCCAAAUUGCAUUCCAAACUGGAAUGAGAGUACGCUCGGGGCUCGUUUCCGUCAUCUACGCAAAGGCCUUAGUUCUCUCCAACGACGAACGAGGACGGGCAUCUGGUGACAUAGUAAACUUGAUGUCUGUUGAUGCGACGAGACUCCAGGACUUCUGCCAGUUCGGAUUGAUUUCUAUUUCCGGUCCUUUCCAGAUUACAUUGGCAUUUAUCUCUCUGUAUAACAUGCUUGGAUGGCCUGCCUUUGUUGGCGUUGCUAUAAUGAUGUUUUCUGUCCCUCUAAACACUUUCAUUGCUCGCAUACUGAAACGCAUGCAAGAAACCCAAAUGAAGAACCGCGAUAUGCGAACACGGCUGAUGAGCGAGUUAUUGUCUAACAUCAAGAGCAUCAAACUUUACGCCUGGGAAUACGCCUUUUUGCGAAAGAUAUUGACAGUUCGAAAUGAAAAGGAGUUGAAGAUGCUGAGGAAGAUAGGCAUCGCAACGUCCCUUAAUAUGAUGCUAUGGACCGGUAUUCCUCUGCUUGUGGCGUUCAGUUCCUUUGCUGUGGCCGCCAUUGCCUCUUCUAAACCGCUAACAUCUGACAUCAUUUUCCCCGCGAUAUCACUUUUCAUGCUGCUCCAAUUUCCGUUGGCGAUGUUCAGCCAAGUCACCUCAAACCUCAUCGAAGCAAUUGUGUCGAUCAGGCGACUUUCGGACUUUUUGGAAGCAGAUGAGUUACAGGCGGACGCACGCAAACUAAUAGAGAAACCCAAUCUGCAACAUGGUGACACCGUAUUGUCCAUUAGAAACGCGGAUUUUAGCUGGUCUACAGAAGCCGUUCAACCUGUUUUAGAAGACAUCAACUUAACUGUUCGAAAAGGAGAGUUGUUUGGAGUCCUCGGCAAAGUGGGAUGCGGAAAGACGAGCCUUCUGUCUGCCAUCAUUGGCGACAUGAUUAGGACGGAAGGGGAUCUGACCGUCUAUGGCACUGUUGCAUAUUGCCCGCAAAACCCUUGGAUUCUUUCAGCGACUGUUCGAGACAACAUCCUCUUUUCCCAUGAAUACGACGAAGUGUUUUAUAAUCUAGUCAUUGAAGCUUGUGCUCUCGUACCUGAUCUGGCAUUGUUGCCUCAAGGCAUUACACUUAGCGGUGGCCAGCGAGCUCGUCUCGCGUUAGCUCGCGCCGUCUACGCCCGGGCUGACCUGCAAGUUUCUUUUUUUUGUGUUGUGCUGCUUGACGAUUGCUUAGCCGCAGUAGAUAGCCAUGUUGCACGGCACAUAUUCACAAACGUCAUCGGUCCUCAAGGAAUACUUGCGUCCAAGGCUCGCAUUUUGGUCACUAACAGUAUAGCGUUUAUUAGAGAGUUCGAUCAACUGGCGUAUAUACGCCGAGGUAUCAUACUCGAAAUCGGAAGCUACGAUUCUUUGAUGUCCAACCCUGAGGGAGAAAUAAACAGACUCGUGCACGGUCAUGGCAGGAGCUCAAAUUCGUCCGGUACUUCUACACCAUUUAUCACCGGAGGCAGUGGUGCUAUUACACCCAAAAUCGUUGAGGAAGACCUCGAAGUGGCCAAAUUUGAUAUCACCCUUUCUGAGAAACUCAGGGAUCGGUCCAGUUUCUCCAAGGCGGUAAUUGCCAAACCAUCUCCGAUUCGGUCGCCCGAGUCCACUGGCUUGAGCAAGGAACAUAUGGAACAAGGCCGUGUCAAGACCCAUGUUUACGCGGAAUACAUCCGCGCUGCUUCCAAGACAGGAUUUUCUCUAUUUUUAGCUGCGAUUGUCGCUCAGCAAGCGUCGUCCGUUCUUGGAAACCUUGUUCUUCGAAGCUGGGGAGAACAUAACAGAGAAAUAGGAAGCAACGCUGGAAUGUUGAAGUAUCUUAUCAUCUAUGGCGCGGUGUCGUUGUCUUCCAUCCUUUUGGGAGGGGCAGCUGCCAUUUUGAUGUGGGUGUUAUGCUCUUUGCGCAGUGCGAAGCGACUCCAUGAUGCGAUGCUGGAGGCUCUCAUACAUGCACCACUUAGCUUCUUUGAGUUGACCCCUACCGGCCGUAUUCUGAACCUUUUCUCACGUGAUACCUAUGUCGUUGACCAGAUCUUGGCGCGCGCCAUCCAAAAUCUAUGCAGAACUCUCGCUGUCUGCGUGUUUAUCGUAUUAGUCAUUGGAGCCAGUUUCCCGCUCUUCCUUCUUUCUGUCAUUCCUUUGGGCUAUUUCUAUUUGCAAGUAAUGAAGUACUAUCUUGCUACCUCUCGAGAACUUAAACGCCUAGAUGCAGUGUCUCGUUCACCUAUCUUUGCAUGGUUCUCUGAGUCACUCGCCGGUCUUUCGACUAUCCGCGCCUUCAAUCAAGGAUCUCUCUUCAUUGCCGCGAACCAACGUCGUGUUGAUCGCAAUCAAAUCUGCUACCUCUCAAGUAUCACCGUCAAUCGAUGGUUGUCGGUACGACUUGAAGCAGUUGGCGCUACCAUUAUAUUUUUGGUUGCCACCUUGGCCAUGGUUGCGCUCAUAACUACCGGCGUUGACGCUGGACUGGUUGGCCUUGUCGUGUCGUAUGCUCUAAGCGCGACGUCCUCUUUGAAUUGGGUAGUCAGAUCGGCAAGUGAAGUAGAACAGAAUAUUGUCAGCGUCGAAAGGAUAUUGCAUCAGAGCGAAGUAGUUCCGGAAGCUCCUCACGAGUUGCCUGAUUCAAAACCAGACGGACCUUGGCCCUCAAAAGGCGGAGUCGAGUUCCGUCACUAUUCUACUCGAUAUCGGCCUGAACUCGAUCUAGUACUUAGAGAUAUUACGAUGACCAUAAAACCGAGCGAGAAGAUCGGUGUCUGCGGAAGGACUGGGGCUGGGAAGUCAUCGCUUCUCUUGGCUCUGUUCCGGAUCAUCGAGCCCACCGAAGGAACCAUAUUAAUCGACGGUGUCGAUAUCACAAAAAUUGGGUUACAUGAUUUACGCUCGUCCAUAUCGAUCGUCCCUCAGUCACCAGAUCUGUUCGAGGGGACGCUUAGAGAGAACAUCGAUCCUGUUGGUGAGCAUACCGAUGCAGACAUAUGGGUUGCACUUGGGCAGGCUCAUCUGAAAGCCUACGUUGAAAGCUUGCCCGAGGGGCUUGAUGCACCUGUCCGAGAAGGAGGAUCUUCUUUAUCUUCGGGACAGAGACAAUUACUGUGCUUUGCUAGGGCGCUUUUGCGCAAAUCCAAGGUCCUUGUUUUGGAUGAAGCGACAUCGGCCGUGGAUUUGGAUACUGACAAGGCGAUUCAAGAUAUCAUUCGCGGGCCAGCCUUUACUGACGUUACCAUUCUAACAAUCGCACAUCGUUUGAAUACCAUUAUCGAAUCUGACCGCGUUCUUGUCAUGGAGGCGGGGAAGAUGGCCGAAUUCGACACGCCCCAAGCUCUACUAUCAAAGCCAGACUCGAUAUUUUAUUCUUUGGCCAGUCAGGCUGGGCUUGUUUCCGAAAAGUAGUUACAUUGGAUGCUAGCUACAUACGUACAUACAAUCUAUUCCAUAAAAUAAAUAGAGUCCGGUA